CGAGACUUCCCUGCGUUGAGCGCACAACGCUGCUGCCCUCCCUACUGAGCCACCGCGACCUCGCUCGCUGCUUCCCUUCUGCCUGCCCCGCCAGCACCCGCUGCUGCCGAACUCACCAUGGAUCAGACCGGCAGCGACAUGCUCGUCGACCACGAGUACGACGAGAAGCAGGGCGAAGUCGCCAUCAUCACGCCCACCGACUCGGACGACCAGAUGGAUGAGGUCGACGCGGACCCAGAGCCCCGCGCAGACGAGUACGAUGCCUUCAUGAAGAAGCAUCUGCCAGAGCUGCCCGACCAGGAGGCAGAGGCAGAGACACACCACACAUGGGAGAUCAAAGACUGGCGAACACUGAUGAGGAAAGAGCAUGGCCCUAUCUUCGAGUGUGGUGGACAGCCAUGGCGCAUACUAUUCUUCCCCUACGGCAAUAACGUCGACUUUGCCUCUUUUUACCUCGAGCAGGCAUACGAGGAGAACAAGAUGCCGGAAGAUUGGUAUGCCUGCGUGCAGUUCAUGCUCGUCCUCUGGAAUCCGAACGACCCCAGCAUGUACAUUACGCACACAGCACACCACCGCUUCACCGCUGACGAGGGAGACUGGGGCUUCACACGCUUUGCGGAGCUUAGAAAACUCUUUGCUAACAGCUGGGACGACCGAGGGCGCCCAAUGGUCGAAGGUAAUGCCGCCAACGUGACAGCCUAUAUACGAGUGCUCAAGGACCCCACUGGCGUGCUAUGGCACAACUUCCUAAACUACGACUCCAAAAAGGAGACUGGCAUGGUCGGUCUGAAGAACCAGGGUGCAACCUGCUACCUCAACUCGCUGCUCCAGUCACUGUACUUCACCAAUGCGUUCCGCCAGGCUGUCUACCAGAUACCUACCGACGAAGACGACAAGGGCAGUUCUUACGCGCUACAGCGCCUCUUUUAUCUGCUUCAGAACACCAACAACGCUGUUAGCACCACGGGUUUGACACAUUCUUUCGGUUGGGACUCGAAACAAAUUUUCGAGCAGCAGGAUGUGCAAGAGCUGUCCCGCGUGCUUAUGGACAACCUCGAUGCCAAGAUGAAGGGUUCGGUGGCUGAAGGCGCCCUCGAAAGGAUGUUUGUGGGCAAGAUGAAGACUUACAUCUCUUGCAUCAACGUGGACUACGAAUCAUCCCGGAUAGAGGACUACUGGGAUAUCCAGCUCAAUGUUAGCGGGAACAAGAAUCUGGACGACAGCUUCAAGGACUACGUGCAGGUCGAGACCAUGGACGGCGAGAACAAGUACUUCGCGGAAGGGUUUGGUUUACAAGAUGCCAGGAAGGGAGUCAUCUUCGAGAGUUUCCCACCGGUCCUACACCUUCAGCUCAAGCGCUUCGAGUACGAUUUCCAACGCGAUGCCAUGAUGAAAGUGAACGACCGUUACGAGUUCCCUGAGGUUUGGGACGCUUCACCUUAUCUCUCCCCGGGCGCCGAUCGAUCAGAACCGUACGUUUAUCGUCUGCACAGCGUCUUGGUGCACAGUGGAGAUCUCAACGCCGGACACUACUAUGCUUUCAUCAAACCCACCAAGGACGGACAUUACUACAAGUUUGACGACGACCGGGUGACGCGUGCGACGAAGCGCGAAGCCUUGGAGGAAAACUUUGGAGGUGAUUAUGCGCAGGCGGCGAACGGAAAUGCCGGCCAGCGUAACCCCUACACAAGGACCUGGUCUUCCAAGCGAUCCAUGAGUGCUUACAUGUUGGUUUACAUCCGUGAGAGCAGGAUUGACAGCAUUCUUCCAGAUGCCACGAGCGUGGCCCCACCGAAGCAUCUGGCUGAACGUAUUGCUGAAGAGCACGCCGCAUUCGAGAAGAAGAAGAAAGAGCGAGAGGAGGCACAUCUCUACAUGGACAUUGCCGUUGCGUCAGAGGAAAACUUCAAGGCCUAUCAAGGAUUCGACAUUGUGCCUUGGAAAGGUGACUCCGAGACAGCUGCCCAUCCAAAGGUACACCGCGUUCGUCGCUCAAUGACAAUGGCCCAGUUCAACACGUUAGUCGGCCAGGAUCUCGGCAUUGACGGCGACAUGUUGCGACCAUGGUCUAUGGUGAAUCGCCAAAACGGUACUAUUCGUCCGGACACACCCCUGGAGUUCCCCGAUAUGACUGUGGAAGAAGCAUCCGCUAAGCACGGGACGAAACAGUCGGUCUUCAGAUUGUGGAUGGAGAAGGCCGCACAGCGUGACGCAGACGGUGCACCGAUGUUCGGUGAAAAGCUUCUGGAAUUGAAGGGUGUCAGCGACAAGCCUAUCAUGCUAUUCCUCAAGCACUUCGACGCCAACACACAGAGCUUGUUCGGCAUCACUACCUUCUACGCUGGGUAUCAGGAUAGGGUCUCUGACCUCUGCCCAACCAUCUCCAACAAUCUGAACUGGCCAAGUGGAACACAGAUGAAGCUGUCUGAAGAGAUCAAAAUGAGCAUGAUCGAAGUGAUGAAGCCCAAAACGACCCUCGCACAAUCAGAACUACAGGAUGGCGAUAUCAUCACCGUUCAACGAUCACUGACCGAGAAAGAGAUCGAGCAGAUCCGGUCGACAGGAGGGUACGUUGAUGCCAAGGAGUUCUACGAGUUCCUCCUGAACAGGAUCAACAUCGAGUUUGUUCCAAGAUUUCAGCCAGAGGGCGUUGAACUGUCGUCCUUCUCGUUGACUCUGAGCAAGAAGAUGUCAUACGAUCAAAUGGCUGCAAAGGUCGCUGAAUACCUCCAAUGUGAACCAACAUAUCUGCGUUUCACGACGGUCAGCACUGCUGGCAAGCCCAAGACGGCCGUCAAGUACAACGCUAACCACACAUUGAACAACAUCAUGUUCCCUGGACCAUACAGCUAUGCCCAGGCUUCAGGCCAACGACCCGAUGCCUUGUUCUACGAAAAGCUUGAUAUGAGUCUUAAGGAGCUUGAGCAAAGAAAGCCUGUCAAGAUUACUUGGUUGCCAGAAGGUUUGCAGAAAGAAGAGGAGGUCGCACUCAUGAUCCCUAAGAGUGCUCAAGUGGCUGAUCUUCUGGACGAACUGCAACGUAAGGUCAACAUCAGUGACGAGGUCAUGAACAAGGUCCAGAUCUGGGAAGUAUCGAUGCAUAGGUUUUCCAAGCAACUGGCGGCGGAGCUCCAGAUCACGGCUCUCGCGGAGCACUCGCAGAUCUACGCAAUGCCUGUUCCAGAGAUUGAUGCGCCUCAAAGGGUCUCCGUAUACCACUUCGACAAGGACCACACCAAAGCUCACGGCAUUCCGUUCCAGUUUGCGCUUAAGGAGGGCGAGCCGUUCAGCGAGACUAAGCAGCGCCUAUCAGAUUUGACGAAGAUUAAGGGAAAGCAGCUCGAUAAGAUCAAGUUUGCAAAGGUCCCGAGGGCGCAGUACUCGAAGGCCACAUACAUCGAGGAUGAUGAUGAAAUUUUAUGGGACACGAUAACCGACGACCAGUCCCUUGGUCUGGACCACCCGAACAAGAGUAGAAGCUUCUGGGGCAAGUCGGACUCCAUCUUCAUUCGAUGAGUCACAAGAGACGUAUGGAUGUAGGAUACACCAGCCAUGAUUUUCUAUGCAUGGUCAAAGAGGCAUCACUAUUGCGGGGCGUUGUCAUUUCCUCAGCAAGCGACGGCACGACUCUUAGCGCGAUUGUACUCAACACAUUGAUGGCGCACUGGAAGCCUUGAGGUGUCCACCGUAGCAGUAUAAGCAGUUGCGUAUGAAGCGGUUGUCAAGAGCGAGGUAGAGGUAUUCAA